UCAGCGCUCCUUUGGAAUAUUUGCUCCCAUUGCGUACCACGCGCGGGAAAAGAUGGUAGCUGUGGGAAACGAAAGUGAAAAAGUAUGUCUGCAAAUAAUGCAGUAGUCAACUUUAACGCUCCUAGUUGUGAACCAGGCAAAUGCAGGACAAACUGUCGCAAAAAUCCAAAUUGUUUUUCACAACUUGGCGAAAAGUUCUGGUUUAGUAAAAUUAAAGAAAGUCAUUGGAUAAGCAGUGACGAUAUCGAGUUCGAAAGAAAAAUAGAGGAUUGUCAUGUUGGACUAAAGAAUCUUGGUGCCACAUGCUAUGUGAAUACUUUCUUGCAGCUUUGGUUUCAGAAUAAAGCUUUUCGAUCUGCAGUAUAUCAGUGGAAACCUAAAGACAAUGUUAUUCCUAGUGAAAUAAUUCACAACCCUGAGAAUACGUACACCAAAACAAUACUAUUAGAUUAUGGUGACAAUCCUACUAAUACCAUAUGUGGUAAUCUUCAAUUUUUAUUUGCAUUGUUGCAAUACAGUGAGAAAAGAUAUGUGGAUCCAAGCAGUUUUGUGCAAAGUUUGGGUCUACAAACCGAUGAGCAACAAGAUGCUCAAGAAUUUAGCAAACUCUUUAUUUCAUUGCUAGACGAUGCAUUGACAGGCCAAAACAACUUUUCAACAAGUAUCAUUGAUCAGCAAUUUGGUGGGUGUUACACAUAUCAAACAAAAUGCAAUGUUUGUAAUUGCGCAUCUGAAACGCCGUCAAGGUUUUAUGAGCUGGAUCUGAAUAUAAAAGGACACAUCAAGUUAAAAGAAUGCCUGAAAGAGUUUUUAAAAGAAGAAUUAUUGGAGGGAGAUAAUAAAUACUUUUGUUCAAGCUGUUGUACUAAACAAAAUGCAACACGAAGAAUUGUUUUAAAGACUUUGCCACCUGUUUUAAACCUUCAGUUACUUCGUUUUGUCUUUGACAGACAGACAGGCACAAAGAAGAAAUUAAAUUCCGUAAUUGAAUUUCCAGAUCUGCUUGAUAUGAAUGAUUUUAUGAAGCUUGAAAGUCCUGAGGAUGGUGUAUACAACUUAACCGCUGUGUUGAUUCAUCGUGGUUUAAGUGCACAUUCUGGACAUUACAUUGCUCAUAUAUUUGAUCAAGAGAGUGAGGUGUGGUGUCGAUUCAAUGACGAAGAUGUUAGUAUUAUGAAAGGAAAGACACUGCAAUUGGGAAAAGAAGAUGAUUUAGAAGACUUUCCUGAACAAAAACCAAAAAAAAUUAGAAAAACGGAAGGACACUCGUCAAAGAAUGCAUACAUGUUGGUUUACAGUAGAAAAAAUACAGAAAAUAAUAAAGUUUCAGAUGUACCAGAAAUAAUGAAAGAAUUUGUUGCAAAAGAUAACAGCUUGUUUCUUGAUCAUUGGACAAAAAGUCAUAACAAAAGAGUCAGUGCUAUUUCUGAUGGCCUUGAAAAGCAAAAAGAAAUACAAGCAAUAUAUGCUUGUCUGCCUGUAAAAGAGGGGGAUGAUUAUGAAUGGUUAUCAACAGAUUGGUUGCGACAAUGGUUGAAUCCUGAUCAAGUAAAUAUUCCUCCCAUUAAUAACACAAGUCUAAUGUGCAAGCACUCAUGUGCAGAUCCUUUAAAGUUAAACAUGAUGAAAAGAGUCUCUGCCGAAGCAGCUGAAGUUUUGUAUACUCGUCACGGUGGUUUACCUCGACUAAAAAGCGAUUCUUUAUGCACUGCAUGCACAGAGUCCAUAAAACGUGGUAGGGAUUUUGAAACACAAUUACAAGCAGAUAUGAAAACUUUUGUCAAGCCCUUGAAAACGUCAUACAAAGUGUCUGGCGAGGGUUACUGGGUUGGUAAAAAGUCACUAAAACGUGUAAAGCAGUUGGCCCUUCAAGAAUUUCGAAACAGAGAAGAAGGAAUUUUAUCAAAUCCUGAUAUCUCAAUGACUGAUUCACCAAGCAGACCAGAAGAUACAGAUGAUCAAAAUAAUAAUGAAAACCAACUUGAGGGACCCUCUAGCAAGGAUCAGCUAUCUACACUAAAGCAAGCGAACUCUGAUUCAGGAUUUAAUCAAGAUUGUCAAUGCAGUGAACAUGGUAAUUUAUGUGUGCACCCUUCUUUACGUGUUCUCGUUUCCAAAGACAUCUGGUUGAAGUUGCUCGAGUACUUUCCUCGAUCUCAAAGUUUUUCCAAUGAAAUUUUGCCUUGCCAAGAAUGCCAAAGUAAAGAAAAAUCUUCACAAGAGGAACGAGAAACGAUGAAGUAUUUAGCAAACGAACAAAAGGGAAUGUUUUCAUUCUUACUUGAAAAGAAGGCAGACAGGCUGAAAUCAAUAUUACACGAGGACCAUGUCACGCUUCAUGUUAUCCUGGCUAGUUUUAUCGAAACAUGGAAAAAAAGUGUAAAGUCGAAUGGUAGAAAGCUGUUGACCCAUAUAGAUAAUACUGAAAUUAUCUGUGAGCACAAUUUACUGUUGUAUUCUGCAGAAGAAAUUGUUAGCGAAGCUUCAGUGGAGAAUCCUCAGCUGGUCUUAGUUAGCGAAGAAGAAUUUUCCAACAUAACUAAUUUCUUUACAAUUUCCAAUGGUGUUGUUGUUACCGCCAACGUUGCACAGACUGAUGACCAAAACACAAGAAAGUAUGUUUACAAAGUUUCACCCGAUUUUUGUCCGGAGUGUCGAAGUAAUCGUCUUUCAGAAGAAGCACAUGAUUCCAAGAUGUAUCGAGGUGCACCUAUCUUUGUCAUGAAGAGAGUUGUUAAGAGUAGUUCUGUGAUGGGACAGAACUCACCGUUGGAGGAUGGAAAUGACGAGCCAGAUUCAAUGGAUACAAAUCAUGGACUGUAUGGCAAAGAGAGUAAAGAUACUAGUUAUACAUCUUCAGCCAAAAAAAUUAAAAGAUCUGCAUCACCUGAAGGAGGAAGAAGACGUAGUUCCAGACAUCGAACGAAACGUGGAGAAUAUAUGGUACGCGUGGAUUCUGAUCAAACUUUAAAGCAACUAAAAAUUCAGCUGCUCAAUACAUUUUCAAUACUUCCAAUCGAACAGACGUUAUCGCUACCCGAUGGAACUGUUCUUCAAGACAACGAAGCGUUCUUAGUUAAUCUUGGUAUCACUCCAGGGACUCAUCUUUUGCUUUCGGUUGACGAACCUAGUGCUGAACGAUCGGUCGAUGACUCUUCUUGCGGAAAACCAAGAGCACUGGAAGAAGGAUUUAAAGGAACAAACUUAUACAGUGGUGGAAAAGCGUGGUAGCAAAAAAAUGUUUGUGACUGUAUCAUUUAAAUAUUAUUAUUAAGAAUAUAUUAGUGAAUGUUUUAA